GCUCGAAAUAGUCUGUCGUCCCGCUCACCCUCGAAUCCACAUCGAUCUCGCGGCCACGACUGCCCUCUCGCCCAUCUCUCGUUCGCCGACACGACAUCCACACCCGCACCUCACCACCUGCGACCGAGAUCGAAAAGAGAGAGAGACAAUGGCCUCCGCACCCGAAGCCCCGACCGCCGCCGUCCCCGCCGAAGCCGUCGGCGACGCCUCCUCUGGCGGCCAGAAGGUCGACCCUUGGAACGUGUCAGGAGAGGUUGGCGCGGACGGCAAGGUCAAGGCGAUUGACUACAAGAAAAUCGUCGACGAGUUCGGGACGAAGCUGAUUGACGAUGCCCUCCUCGAGCGCUUCGAGCGCGUCACCGGCCACAAGCCUCACCACUUCCUCCGCCGGCAGAUUGUCUUUUCCCACCGCGACCUCGACCUCAUCCUCGAUCGCGUUGAGAAGAAGGAGCCCUUCUUCAUUUACACAGGACGUGGGCCGAGUUCUGACAGCAUGCACAUUGGACACGUCAUUCCUUUCCAGCUGACCAAGUGGUUGUCCGACGUUCUCGAUGCGCCGCUAGUGAUCAUGAUGACCGAUGACGAAAAGUUCUUGUUCUCUGAGAAGAGGACGGUCGAGGAGGUCCAGCACUACACGAGAGAAAACGCCAAAGACAUCAUCGCCAUUGGUUUCAACCCCGAGCGAACCUUCAUCUUCUCCGAUUACGACUACAUGGGCGGUGCUUUUUACAAGAACAUCACCCGUGUGGCCAAGAGGAUCACCGUCAACACGGCCAAGGCCGUCUUCGGAUUCGACGACAGCUCCAACAUCGGCAAGGUCCACUUCGCCAGCAUCCAGGCCAGCUCGGCCUUUGCCAACUCAUUCCCACAUAUCUUUGGCGAGGACGAGAAGAGAACCACCCAGAUCCCGUGCCUCAUCCCUUGCGCCAUUGACCAGGACCCUUACUUCCGUGUGACGAGAGACUGCGCCGCCGGCCUGCGCUAUGCCAAGCCUUCGCUCAUUCACUCCCGCUUCCUCGACGCACUGCAGGGCCCGGGCUCAAAGAUGUCCGCGUCAAUCGAGUCUAGCGCCAUCUUCAUGAAGGACACGCCCAAGGAGAUUCAGAACAAGAUGAACAAGUACGCCUUCAGCGGCGGCAAGGUCACGGCCGAGGAGCAGCGCGCCGAGGGCGCCGAUCCCGAUGUGGACGUCAGCUACCAGUACCUCCGUUUCUUCCUCGAGGACGACGAGGAGCUCGCCAAGAUCCGCGAGGACUACCGCACGGGAAAGAUGCUCACGGGCGAGAUCAAGAAGAGAUGCGCCGAGGAGCUGGCUAAGUACUGCACCGCCUUCCAGGAGAGGAGGUCCAAGGUCAACGAGAGCACCGUCGACCUCUUCAUGGCGCGCCGGCCGCUCGUCUGGGGCGGUUCCGAGAGCCUCAAGGCCCUGCCCAUCCGCGAGGGCGCCGCCGCUGCCGGAGGUGAGGGUGCCGAGGGCGCCGAGGGUGGCGACGGCAAGAUGACCAAGAACCAGCUCAAGAAGCUGGAGAAGCAGCGCCAGAUCGAGGAGAAGAAGGCGGCCAAGGCCAAGGAGAAGGAGGCCGCCAAGGCCGCGGCCGCUGAGGGUGCUUAGAUGACGAGAGAAGAAGAAAUGAGAAGAAAGACAACCAAUGAGGAAAAAAAAAAGAAGAAAUCUAUACCCC